AUGAAGCUUCUCACUCUCACCACCCCUCUCCUCCUAGCAGCCCUCGCCCAGGCAGCUGCCAUGGUGACCCCGGCCGACAGCCUCAUCGCCAAGGACCAGCACCUCGAGGCCAGAGCCGAUAUGUGCGGCAACUUCUGCGUCGGGCCUGGCUACUGCCACGGCAAAUGCAGCAAGUGUACCAACAAUGUGUGCAAGCAGGCACUGAACUGA